AUCAUGUGCAGUGGCGGUGUGUAACAUGACUCAGAGCGUCAUAGGCGGAAGGUCACGGAGCUGCAGAACGGAACGGAAGCGGAGUAAAAAAGCCCAUCCGCCAUUGUGGAGUAUGGUGAGGGAUAUUUCAUUUAGGCACUAGGCACUUUAACAUUGACUGAAAGAAACCGUCUGUGCCCGGAGCGGACACGGGGAAGUGAAGCCGUCUCCCCCGACAGAGAGCCUUCGUUUGGACGAGGCAGAAGACACGCGUCGUCGCCAGGUCUGACCGCUAGAGGAAAGGAAAACGCCGCCUCUCAACAUUGCCAGAGUGAUUGAGCCGAGCUAGGGAAGCACCAAGAGCAGAGGGACGCCGUGGACUGUCUCACAAGCACAGCUCCGUGUCGGUUUCUGGAGGAUGUCUGCCACCACUGUCGACCAGAGGCCAAAAGGACAAGGAAAUAAAGUGCAAAACGGAUCAAUGCAUCAAAAAGAUGGUGUGAAUGAUGAUGACUUUGAACCUUACCUAAGCGGCCAGACAAAUCAAAGUAAUAGCUAUCCACCAAUGUCUGAUCCCUAUAUGCCCAGCUACUAUGCUCCAUCCAUUGGUUUUCCCUACUCUCUGGGAGAAGCAGCUUGGUCCACAGCUGGAGACCCUCCAAUGCCAUACCUUACUACCUAUGGACAGAUGAGCAAUGGCGAGCCCCAUUUUAUACCUGAUGGAGUGUUCAGCCAACCAGGUGCUCUUGGGAAUACUCCUCCUUUCCUUAGUCAACAUGGUUUCAACUUUUUUCCUGGAAAUGCAGACUUUUCUACCUGGGGUACCAGUGUCUCUCAGGGUCAGUCCACACAAAGCUCAGUAUACAGUAACAGCUAUGGGUACGCUCCCAGUUCUCUGGGCCGGGCCAUCACUGAUGGACAAGGAGGGUUUGGAAGUGACACUCAACUUAGUAAGGUACCAGUGCUAAGCAGCAUUGAGCAGGGUAUGGCAGGGCUAAAACUGGGUACAGACAUGGUGGCCGCAGUCACCAAAACCGUGGGCUCACCUUUAGGGGCCACACCGGGCAUGAGCAGCAUGGCAGCAAACAACCUCCCCCCAUCUAUCAGCUCAUCUGCACCUAAACCUGCCUCCUGGGCAGCUAUUGCCAAGAAGCCUGCCAAACCACAACCUAAAGUCAAACCAAAAGCCAAUAUGGGUAUGGUGGGAGGAGUCACCAUCCCUCCCCCUCCCAUAAAGCACAACAUGAACAUUGGGACAUGGGAUGACAAGGGCUCCCUGAACAAGGCUCCGUUAGCUCAGACCAUGAUGCCCCCUCAGCAGCUGGUUCAACAGCCGCUCCUGGCCCAGCCCCCAGCGUUACUGCAAAGCCCCCUGCCCCCUCAGCCUCAACACCAACCACAGCACCAGCCCUUCCAGCUGCAGUCCCUCCAGUCACCCCAACACCCUCUGCCCCCUGGCCCCCCACACCUGCAUAUCCCUUCCCAGCCGGGACCCCCACAGCAUCUCCAUCAUCAUCAUCACCAUCACCAGCCACCUCAGCAGCCUGGCCCACCCCCAAACCGCUGGGUGGCUCCCAGGAACCGGGGUGAUGGCUUUGGUUUCGGUGGGGGUGUCCCAUUGAGCGCCUCUCCUUGCUCCGGAGAAGUGCACCCUGUAUUAGAGAAACUACGUGCUCUCAACAACUUCAAUCCCAAAGACUUUGACUGGAACUUGAAAAAUGGACGUGUUUUCAUUAUCAAGAGUUAUUCUGAAGAUGACAUCCACCGCUCAAUUAAAUACUCAAUCUGGUGUAGUACAGAACAUGGAAACAAGCGCUUGGAUGGUGCCUACCGCUCCCUGGGCAACAAGGGUCCACUGUACCUGCUGUUCAGUGUCAACGGCAGUGGGCAUUUUUGUGGCGUAGCUGAGAUGCGCUCCCCUGUGGACUACAAUGCCUAUGCAGGCGUAUGGUCUCAGGACAAGUGGAAGGGCAAGUUUGAAGUAAAAUGGAUUUUCAUUAAAGAUGUGCCCAACAACCAGCUACGACACAUUCGACUAGAGAACAAUGACAACAAGCCAGUGACCAACUCCAGGGACACGCAAGAGGUGCCUCUGGAGAAGGCCAAACAAGUGCUUAAAAUUAUCGCCACUUACAAGCAUACCACCUCAAUCUUUGAUGAUUUUGCACAUUAUGAAAAACGUCAGGAAGAAGAGGAGGCUCUGAGGAAGGAACGCAAUAGAAGUAAACAGUAACCUUCAAGCAAGUUUUUCUGCAACAACUACAACACUAAAGAGGAUGGACCUUAAACAAAAUCUGCCUAACUGAGAGGAGAAGAGGCUUUCCACUGAAGACAUUAUAUCUGGACACUUAGACAUGACAAUAGAGGAACUCAUUUGUAUCUGUUGACUAGUGUUUGUGUCACUCGAAAGAACGUAACUUCUUUAGAAACUGUCAUUGAAGCACUUUGAGUCAUUCUUACAAGCCUCUAUUCCA